AUGGAAGCAUUGAAACAACACAUGGCUAAACACUGCUUAGAAAAAUUGAUUUCUGACAACGCUCCUCAAUAUAGUAGCGAUGAAUUUAGAAAAUUUGCUGAAGAUUAUAAAUUUCGGCAUGUUACAAGCUCUCCUACAAAUAGCCAAAGCAGCGGUAAAGCAGAGUCCGCCGUUAAACAAAUGAAGAGCUUAAUGAUAAAAGCUAUUGAUAGUAAGGGUGAUGUAUUUCUUGCCUUGCUCGAUUGGUGUAAUACGCCGAGUGAAGGAAUACCAGGUUCACCAGCACAAAAGUUAUUUGGAAGAUGCGCAAGAACUCUGCUUCCAACAUCAAAAUAUUUUCUUUGCCCGAAAAUUGUUACGAAUAUCGAACCACAUUUAAAGAAGAGUGAAAACAUUCAGUCUAAAUAUUACAACAGAGGAACGAGGGAGCUAAUGAAAUUGUACCCGGGUCAGUUGGUCAGAAUGAAGUCGGACCGUGGGGAAAGAUGGCGCAAAGAAAGAAUUGAACGACAAGUUGACAUCAGAUCAAAUGAAGAUGGUGGUCUUUAUCGAAGAAAUCGAGGCAUACAAGUGAACUUGAUGAGUUUCAACCCCACACAAAGUGUUAUGAUUACGAUUGUAAUAUUUCUGAUCCAUACACAUCUUCCUACUAUAACAAUGGUGAAUUGGUGA